AUGCCGCUUUCGCUUGCGGAUCUCCCGCCCGAGGUGCUCGAGAACAUCUUUGCCCAUUUGAGCCGCAAGGACGUGAAGCGCCUCGCCCUCACGAGCCGCGCGUACCGGGCCAGCGCGGCCCCGUAUGUGAUGCGCCAGCUCAGGGCCUCGUGGGGCCAGCUCGUGGCCCUCCAAGAUUUUGUCGGGGACCCGGACUUACAUCCCCGGGGCGCCCUCCAAGAUUUGGCCGGAAAUCCGGACAUAUAUCCCCGGGCCGCCCACCCGCGCCUCUACUGCGAGCGUCUUUCCAUCUGCGAGCCCAACGCGUACUACGAGUACCAGCAGGACACGUUUGGCAAGCUCGUGGCGCGCGCGGUGUUCCCGCGGUUGAAACACGUGAGUGUGCUCUCGGCCAGCCUGUCGCACUGGCUCAAGUACAACACGUGCGCGCACAUCCAGAGCGUCCAGAUCGAAAACGCGGCCGCGGCCGGCGGCAGCGGGCGCAAGGUGUUCUGCCUCGAUCACGUGCGCGGCUUUGCUGCGUUGGCGCUGCUCACGCUCACGCGGUUCCAUUUCGACUGGCUGGACCUGGGCCCCAGCCACGGCCCCGUGUUUGCGGGCCGGCUCCGCGACUUGGCGCUCCACGACUGUACGUGGCAGUACCCGUUCAAUCUCGUGCAGUUCAACGCGCAGCACUCGCUCCGCACGCUCGCCAUCACCUACUCGCACGACCACUCGUUUGUGUUGCUGGAGCGGUUCGUGGACUUUCUCAUCGACCCGCUCCCGCAGCACCUGGCGUCGCUCCGCCGCUUGGAAGUGGGCUUUGUGGAUUUCCGCGACACGAAGAAGGUGCUCACGCUGACGCUCAUGGCGACGUUUCUCCGCGUGUUCCCUGGCCUCGACCAUCUAUACCUCCAUGGGUGGCACACGACCCGCACCUACGCCCACGUCAUCCUGGCGCAGAUGACGUUCGACUUCCCCGUGGACGUCGAUGUGGAGAUCGAGGCCCCGGGCCCCAGUCCACGCGGCGUGUCGGCCGCCCCACGCCCGCCGGUGCGCUGGAAACAACGCCUAUACAACCGCACUUAG